GCAGAGCUUCCAGUCCAUGUUGUGGCAGACCUCCACGGCAAUCUACCACAAGUUUUACGUGUGUUUCGAUAUUGUGGUAUUCCUCAAAAGGAAACUUUUCUCUUCCUUGGUGACUACGUUGAUAGAGGCGUUCAGGGUAUUGAAGUGAUAACAUUUUUGUUCUGUCUCAAAAUCCGCUAUCCGUACCAGGUUUACUUGCUUCGUGGAAACCAUGAGGAUGCAAACACUACCCUCAACUAUGGUUUUUUUGAUGAGUGUGUAACUAGGUGGCCUUCCACCGAGCAAAAUGCUCCAGGCGUCAAGGCUUUCAACUGCAUGCCUGUCGCAGCCAUUAUCGCUGAUACCAUAUUCUGCGCUCACGGUGGAAUAUCUCCGUUUAUCGACAAGUUAGACGAUAUUAAUAAGAUUAGACGCCCAUCGGUUGUUCCAGCAUACGGUAUAGGGUGCGACCUGGUGUGGUCGGACCCAGCUCUCCAACGUGACGGUUGGGUAUUAAGCCAUCGAGGCAUUUCGUUUCUAUUCGGCCCCAAGGCAGUCGAAGAUUUCUGCGCUAAGCACCAUUUGGAUAUUAUACUGCGUGGGCACCAGAUCAGCAACGAGAUGUAUAAAAAUGGUUAUCGAAUAUCAUUCGAUGGCCGUCUUGUUACACUAUUCAGUGCUCCCAAUUAUAUGAACUACAAAAACAAUUCCUGUGUGCUAACCGUAACAAAAAAGGUAUGA